AAUUUAUUCAGUGCAAAUUUGGUGCAAAAAAGUGUAAACUAAGGUUAAAUAAAGCACAAAGAUGGUAAAUACCGCAUUUGCCCUAAAAUUUACACCCCCAUGUAAACUGGCAAGCAAUGCGAUAUUUGCCAUCUUUGCUUUUAAUUGCCCCCUAAUUUGCACUUUUUUACACCAUAUUUACACCGAGUAAAUUUGUGUAAAUCCAGUUUUUUCGUGCAGUGUGGGUGUCGGGACUUAAUGAAAAAGGGUAAAAAAUAUGGAAGAAGUUAUGGAAUCAAAUCAAAUUAGAAUAUAAAUUACUUUUGAAAGUAAUGGUCAUUCGAGAUCAAUUCCACGGCAAUUGCAGUAAGUCAUACGUCUCUUAGGCAAUAGUACUUUUAAAUAUGAAAACAAACGAUGGUAGCUAGAACGAGCAAGAACAGUCACCUUUCAACACCCCAUCCUCAAAGGUUUUCUAGGUAUCCAAAAGCUUGUUAUUCACCAUUUUCACAUAGACCAUAAUACCCAUUGCCCCACCUUCCCCCCCCCCCCCCAAAAAAAAAAAAAAAAUCCGUGACCAUUGUUUCCUCUGAAUUAUCCUGAGUGUUACAGUCGUCCCAAGAGAAAUUGAAGACAAAUUUCUGGGGGUGAACAAGGUGCAUUAUGGUCUAUAUAUGUGAAUCAUUUUUGGUGAAUUAUGAUUUAAACUCUGGAGCAUGUAGUGGGUCUUGCUUUACAUCUCCUUUCCCCUGUUGCUCUCUCAUCCCUUUUUAAUUAUGGCCUUUUAUUCUGUCACUCUCCCUACUUCCUUUAUUUCUAUUUUUCUUUUCUUGUAGAAAAAAAUUUCGUUGCACUUGGCUGUUUUCAAGACAAUGCUGACGACCGCGCAAUGGGAAAGUUACUUAAGAACUUACGGCAAUCUAUUGACUGGCGUGAUAUGUCAAAAACAGUCAAAAAGUGCUCGGAGAUUGCCAGGAGUCACUCGUAAGUAUUAAUAUUUGUUUUUGCAUAUUGUUUUCCAGGUCCAUGAUGAAUAUUUUACCUUUUUUUCUACACACUUGUGACAACUUUAUUGUGUCCACCAUUAAUGUAUUACUGAUAAAAACAAAACAUAAUAAUAAUAAUAAUAAUAAUAAAAAAUAAUAAUAAUGAUAAUAAUAAUAAUGUGUUUACACGGCAAUUAAGAAAAAAUAUCUAAAAUGUGGCAAAAACUUUGUAGACUGCUAAUUUAGCGCAGUUUAUAAUUUGGGAGUCACAAACAAACGCACAUAGCCUACAUCAGUCAAAAUCGGAAUAAUUCAUUUAAUAUACCAUGCUCUCCACGGAUUUGCAUGUGGUAAAACAUUAACAAUUAUUGGACCGAGUUUUAGCAACAUAUCGUGAUUUGUCAGUGGCGAGCAGAUCAAUUGUUUGCCGAAGCCAAAUAAGGAAUAUCUUCGGGAAGCGAAGCGAUCUCCGAUUUUCACGCAAGAGCGAUCGCAAAGAAGGAGAAAAGGGUGGUGUCAUUUACGCACGAGCAGAAUAUAAUUUGCAGCCAAACAAAGUUGGACGACUGCGCAUGAGGAAAACAUUAUUUGUUGGAAGUUAUUUGCAGGUCACGUGGUGGGCUGUCGGCUAAUGAAAAGGAAGAAAAAAUUUCAACGAAUGAUAACAUCAUUUGAGAGAUAUUUACGCGCCAAGCAUCCCUUUUCCCUUUAAUUAAGUGCAAGGAUAAGUCCUUUAUUCAUAUGGUUUUCUUUUUGUCUUCAAAGGAUGUAUUAUUUUGCUAUCCAGUAUUACGGAGAGUGCUGGGGUGCAAAGGCUGGAACGAAGUAUGACAAGCAUGGACCAGCCAAUAACUGCUGGUCUGGUGUAGGGGGGCCGUUCAGCAACUACGUUUACAAACUGUGAGAAAGAUCUCUUAAGGUUUGUACAAAAAUGAUCACUAGCAUGGUGAUCUGGAUGCAUGGAAGAGUGUCAUACCUACUAGUCAAUGAAUGAUUUUCCAGCAAUCGGAUACCCAUGUUUUGCGCACAGGAUUCUGGGAUCGCCAGGGGGCAAACAUUGCGAGUCGCUACAAAGAAAUGUAUGGCGUGGAGUUGUUUCUGUAUUAAAAGGAGUGUGUUUGGACAUAGAAUGCUUCAUUUUUUCUUGAUUUUAUGAGAAACGGAGGUGACUAAUGUUGGUGCGUUGAAAUUUCAAGUUUCUGUGUGAUUAAUGCGAAAAAUUCUAUCGAUAAACACUCCUUGCGUGAGGUUGAGUGUGAAAUUUAUCUUCACUGAAUUUACACAGACAUGAAGAAUUCGAAGAAAAGGUCUCGAAAUAUAUAGUGCAAAUUUAGGUAUACAUGUAGGGGGAUUGGCUCAUUUAGGCGUUUAAGUUAUAAUUACGUGUGGUGAUAUUUACGACGAGUGUAACUACGCUCGACCGCGAUCAGCGCUGUGCGGCGCUUUGCGGGUUAUGACAAGACAACGAUCGGAGGUAUGUACGUGGCCAUAAAAAUAAAAAAUCCUCCUUUACUUUGGUAUAAACAAAGUGACAUCUACAAAAUAUUUCAUGGAAAGUACAUGGUAUUUAACCAUUAGUAGAUGAGAUAAAACUCGUACAAACGAGUAAGAUUUCCGAUACAAAAGCGGUGAGUUUGAAAAUAAACACCAAAUUGAUGUGCGAAAUGCAGAGAUUCUGCAUCUUCCCUCAAAAUGAUUGGAAAAGGUAUUAGAAUUCAUCGGUUUUCAGGAUAAUGACAAAACAUUUCGCUUGUGUUUUUUUUGGCGAGAAGAAAUCAAUAUACUAAUGUGCGGAAGAUGUUUUUGCUUUUAAAUUUAAUACAUAUCAAAUUCGACAAUACAUAAGCUUACCUUCGAGAUCGCCGCCGAGCGGAGCGUAAUUACACUCGUUGUAAAUAUGAGCACAUGUAAGUACAACUGGAAAGGCUUAAAUGAGAUAGGUAUAAAUGAGCGGGGAAUGCGGACUCAUUUUACUAAGUUAGUACUAUAUAUUUCGAGACCAUUCAGUAAAUUCACAGUCGAACUUUCGCAAGAAUCAGUGUUUAUCGAUAGAUUUCAUCGCAUUGAUCCCACAAAAACUUACAAUUUCUUCGCACCAACAUUAGUCACCUCCUCUUCUCAUAAAAUCACGGCAAAAUGUUGCAUUCUCUGUCCAAAGACACUGCUUUUACCGGAGAACCAGCUCCACGCCAUACAUUUCUUUGUGGCGACUCGCAAUGUUUGCCCCCUGGCGAUCCCAGAAUCCUGUGCGCAAAACAUGGGUAUCCGAUUACUGGAAAAUCAUUCAUUUGGCAUUAAAGCUAGUCUUACAUCGUACCUCCUAAAAUGACACCAAAACAAAACCGCUAAACCUCCUCUCCUCUUUUCUCGGGCAUCUGUGUCCAGGGUGAGGGAUGUUUUACAACGGCCGUACAAAAAUUGGAAAUCUGUCUUUUGUGAUGUAAAUACAGUCGAACCUCCAGGUGCGACCACCUCUCGUAAGCGACUACCUCCCAUAAGCGACCCCUAAUCCUAAACACCAAAAUUUUCCAAGUCAAAGCUUUAAAGUUGAAAAGCUUCGUAAGCGACUGCGAACGCACUGUAGGAUAACGGCUUUAGAAUUUUCCAUUGAUUUUAACCUCUUCUAAGAAUAGUUAGUACAGGAGACUGGUUAUGAAAGCCGGCAAACAUUAAAGAUGAAAACAAUGGUGCUGCAGUUUAUGUUGGAAGCUUCCUGACCUUGUACAAUCCUUUGGUUUUAUUCACAAAUUUUUACUGAAUAAAUUAAUGCAAUGUUCUAUUGGUCAGUAAGUUCAAAAAAUGUUUUUUAAGUUAAGCAUCGCGCAUAAAUUCCCUCAUCAUCUCAAAGAUAAAUCGACAAAAGACAAAUCGUGGCGUGUCACUUACCAAUAUUGAAUUUUACACACUCUUGAACAAUAUAGUGGAAUCAAUGGUGGUUUUUAUUAUGCCAAAUUCUCUUUUUACUGCGAACGCAAUUUACAAAUUGCGUGCAUAUUAGCAAUUGUGUUGAGAAUAGCAUAUUUUCGGGGGCAAUACUAUGUAUUUCAGCAUCAAAAAUUAUAUUGCUAACAGAUAUUUAUAAUUUGCAAUUAUUAAAUAUGCCUAACAAACUCCUAUAAAUUAUAUUUUCUACUUUGCAGUGAUGCCAAGUUCCUUAAUUAAAGAAGAAUUAAAGAAGAAAUUAGAGAAGAAAUUAAUAUGAUAUAAAGUAUUUAUCCUUAAUACUAAAUAUGACAUCAGAGAAUAAAGGAAAAGUGAAGGAAGAUGAGAGUGUCCUUUUUUCUGAUCUCACAAAUGAAGGAC